GAAAACUUAAACGAUGUCGCCCAGUCUGUCGACAGUGCUGCUUGUGGCCCUCUUGUCUCAGUUGUUUGUGCUGCCGGCUUUGACCAGCAGCAAAGGAGACGAUGCAUCUGACUCGAAAAAGUAAAAAUUCUUGUACUUUGCUUCCAUCGCGGGGGGAAGCCACUACGUGGCCCUGGCCAGAUCGGAAAGGGCACUGGUCCAACAGGGUCACCGUGUUGUAUCCCUUGUUGGCAGCUCCAACUCAAACAGAAGCUGGCAGAGAGACGCCGACGUCUUCUCCUUCGUGGUUUUCAACUCGACCUACACCAAACAGAACAGGACCGAUGUGAUGGACAAUAUAUCCAAGGUGAUCGUGAAAGGGCAUCAUAAUCACUUCUUCGGUCCUUUUCUAAAUUCAGCGAAUCUGACCGGCCGACUGAGUUUUUUAGAUAUGUUUCUUCAAGAGUGUGACAACCUUUUUGGGGAUUCAACCGCCAUGAAGCGACUGCGCAAGGAAAGAUUUGACAUGCUUGUCGUAGACGACAUGAUACCAUGCGGACCACUGUUGGCCCAGGCUUUAGAUAUCCCAUUCGUUCAUAGCUCCGUCUUUUUCGUCAUUCCUUCUAAACACGGGCAUUGGACAGGGCUUCCAAUCGAUCCCUCGUACAUACCGGAGCGCAUCAUGGGACUCACCAACAAAAUGACGUUCUUUCAACGAGUGCAGAAUGUUCUAGCCCACUAUUUCUAUGGAUUUGUCUACUUCCGUCUGGGCAUAUGCAACUUCGAUGGUUAUGAUAAGCUAAAGGUCAAGUACAACAUAAAGCCAGAGAUUAGCACGCUGGAGUCCCAUAAGCAAGCCUUACUGUACUUUCUGCACGGGAGCUUUGCGUUGGAAUUCGCCCGCCCCAUGCAGCCCAACACAAUCCUUGUUCUCCAUCAUCCUGGAGUGCUCUCAAACCAAACGCUGGAAGAGGAUGUCGCCCAGUUUCUGGAUACUGCUCCCUCCGGAGUGGUGAUGUUCUCCAUGGGUUCUUUUGUUACGAUGAUGGAGCGUGAGCAGGCCCAGAUGUUCGCGGAUGCCUUCGCUAUGCUACCGCAUCGCGUACUGUGGCAGACAGGCGCCGACUUGUCAGGACUUCGGCUCGGGAACAACACCAUGGUUGCCAAAUGGUUGCCCAUGAUACAAGCCAUGGAACACCCUAAUGUACGACUGUACGUCAGCCACGGUGCAGCCUUAACCCUUAACGAGGCGAUGUGGGCGGGUUUGCCGAUAGUUGGACUGCCGCUGAUUGAAGAUCAGAUGGACAACUUGGUCCGCGUAGAGACAAAAGGUGUUAGGUUGAAAGUGGAUAUCGCCAGCAUGACACCGAGAACUCUGAGCCAAACCAUCGGUAGAGUCAUGACAGAGCCCAAAUUCCGUGAGAACGCACGGCGCAUCUCCGAGAUCAUGCGGGAUCUCGAGACCUCAGCCUCCCCCGUGGACAUCAUGGUUCGCUGGAUACUGCACGUGACCCGGUUCGGCGGAGAUCACCUACGACCAGCCGUCCAGGAUCUGAGUUACGUCCAGAGGAAUCUUCUUGACGUCUACCUAUUCUUGGCUGUCGUGUUGGCCUUGGUUACCUGGAUCAACGUGACUGUGUGCUGCUGUUGCUUGAGGUGCAUGUGUCGUAGAGGCCGGAAUAAAAACCAUCUCAAGAAGGAGUAGAGAAACUUGGUGAAUCUGCAGUCUUAAAAGUCCCGGGUCAGAUGCGAGUUCGAUCCUUAAUCCGGGUCAGUUUUGACUUGACACUCUUUUGGUCAAAAUGAAAAAUGCCAAAAUGUCAACAUGAAUUAAGUACGCUUUUCAGAAAGACUGUUACAAUACUUAUACUUACAAUAGCAGGCGGCAGCUGCUUGGCACCCAAAUUACACUAUUCUAAAACAGCACACACAAAAACCAGAAUACCAACCAAACUGCAAGCUACAAACAAUAUAAUAUUGAGAUGUGCGUAUAGUUCAAUUUAAAAAGUCUAACCAUACUUUGGGCACAAGCAAAGGCAAAUUAGUCAAGCAAUGU